AUGAACAAUUUUGAAAAAGAAUGUGUAUUAGUGUUGGAUGAAAUGUUUCUGACUAAAGGUAUAAAUUAUGAUGUUGCUUCAAAAUCAUUUAUUGGAAAUGUCACACUUCCUGAACAUGAAGGUAUUGCAAAUCAUGGUUUAGUAUUUAUGCUUGGUGGCAUAUCUAGUCGCUGGAAACAAACGGUGGCAUACUAUUUCACCAGCGAUUCAGUUAAAGGUAGUGCAUUGAAACCAAUUAUAAAUAGUAUAAUUUCCAAAUCUGAAGCCAUUGGCCUUCGAGUUAACUCAAUAACUUCAGAUAUGGGGUCUUGUAAUAAAGCUAUGUGGGCUAGCUACGGAGUUGGUUGUUCAUUUUUAGGAAAUAUAAAUAAUAGUGUAUUACAUCCAUGUGAUUCAGAACGUAAGCUAUAUUUUUUACCUGAUGUACCUCACUUAUUUAAAAAUAUUAAACAAGCAAUAAUUAACAACAAAGUUAUAACUAUACCAGAUAAUAUAGUAAAAGAAAAUAAUUUGACAUCUAACAUAGUUUAUUGUAAACAUAUUGAAGAACUAUAUAAACAUCAAAAUGAUUUUGAACUUAAAUUAUUUCAUAAACUUAAUAUAGAGGAUAUCCAAAAACCAAAUCAUUUUGAUAAAAUGAAGGUAUCAAAAGCCACUAGUGCCAUUAAUAUGGAUGUUGCUGCAACCUUAUCGUACCUAAUUAAAAAUGAAGAUUAUCAUUCCUCAUACAGACUACUGCUUGGUUCAUUAGACAAGUUUUCAUGGUUUACAAUUAUGUCUUCUCGAGAUCCAGUUGUUGCUUUGAGUAAACGCAAUUCCGAAAAAUAUAUAGAAACUCUACAAUUUUUAAACAAAUUUAUGGAUUUAUUUAGAAAUAUUAAAAUAGGUUAUAAAAAAACUUGGAAACCUUGUCAAAGUGGAGUCUUAGUAGCUACACAAUCCAUUUUAGACCUACAAGACUUAUUUUUAAAUAAGAAAAAUGUUCGUUCCCUUUUAACCUCAGGGUUUACACAAGAUUGUUUAGAAAAUUUGUUUUCUUGUAUGAGAAGUAUUCAAUCAGUACCAAAUGCAUUACAGUUUAAAUGUAACUUAAAACUUAUAUGUGUUGCUCAAUAUCUAAAACAUGUCUCAUAUAGUAGCUAUGAACAGGACGAUAGAGAGUUCCUAGGAGAUUUUUUAGAUUUUUCAAAAAUUCCAACUACUACAAACUCAGAAACAUAUGAAGAGUGUUCUGAUUCUGAUAUAAAUGACAUGUUAUACAUAAUACUGAACAAAAUAGUUUAUACAAUAUUGCAGGUAUUAUUUAAUCAUAAAUUCUUAACACAGAUAAUAUGGUGCAUUUAA